AUGGUGACAAGAAGAGUGACAGUGACAAUAACGGUGACAAUGGUGGUGCCCAUGACGAUGAUGGUAACAGUGACAAUGAUGGUGACCGUGGUGGUGACGGGAGCGGUAACGGUGACAGUGACGGUGACAACAACGGUGGCUGUGAUAGCGAUAGUCACGGUGACAGUGAUGACGACAGUGAUGGUGACAAUGGUGCCAGUGACACGAUGCCGCCGCCUGUCCCAGGAGAACCGCAGCGUCACCCUGCGCCUGCGCAAGCGGAAGCCCCGCAAGAAGGUCGAGUGGUCGAGCGACACCGUCGACAACGAGCACCUGGGGCGCCGCUCGUCCAAGUGUGAGCCCGGACGCCGGGGCCCCUCCGCGACAACCACCCCCUGCCCGGACGCCGGGGCCCCUCUGUGA